CUCCAGGGGCCGCUAACGGUCCCGCGCCCCUCGGGUCCGCGCCCCGCCCUCGCCCCCCGCCCCCCGCCCGGCCGAGGCGGCGCCCGCGGGGCCGGCGAUGGGGGCGGCCGAGCCGCUGCGCUCGGUGCUGUGGGUGAAGCGGCAGCGCUGCGCCGUGAGCCUGGACCCCGCGCGGGCGCUGCUGCGCUGGUGGCCCAGCCCGGGGCCCGGGGCCGGCGUCCCCGGCGCGGGCGCCUGCUCGGUGCCGGUGUCGGAGAUCAUCGCGGUGGAGGAGACGGACAGCCACGGGAAGCCGCAGGGCAGCGGGAAAUGGCAGAAGAUGGAGCCGCCCUUCGCGUUCACAGUGCACUGCGUGAAGAGGGCCCGGCGCCGCCGCUGGAAGUGCGAGCAGGUGACGUUCUGCGGCGCGGACGAGCAGCUGUGCCACCGGUGGCUGCAGACCCUGCGGGAGCAGCUGGACAAGCUGACCUGCAGACCGAAGCGCCUGCUGGUGUUCAUCAACCCGUUCGGAGGGAAGGGCCGGGGCCUGCGGGUCUACGAGCGGAAGGUGGCGCCGCUGUUCGCGCUGGCCGCCAUCUCCACCGAGGUCAUCGUCACGGAGCGCGCCAACCACGCCAAGGAGGCCCUGUAUGAGAUGAACGUGGACGGCUACGACGGGGUCGUCUGCGUUGGCGGGGACGGCAUGUUCAGCGAGGUGCUGCACGGGCUGAUCGGCAGGACACAGAGGAUGGCCGGCGUGGACCAGAACGAGCCCCGGGCGGCGCUGGUGCCCUGCCCGCUGCGCAUUGGCAUCAUUCCUGCAGGGUCCACAGACUGUGUGUGUUACUCCACCGUCGGCAUCAACGACGCAAAGACCUCGGCCCUGCACAUCAUCGUGGGGGACUCGCUGCCCAUGGACGUGUCCUCGGUGCACCACCACGGCGCGCUGCUGCGCUACUCGGUGUCGCUGCUGGGCUACGGCUUCUACGGGGACAUCGUCAAGGACAGCGAGAAGAAGCGCUGGAUGGGGCUCAUCAGAUACGACUUCUCGGGCCUGAAGACCUUCCUGUCCCAUCACUGCUACGAGGGCACCGUGUCCUUCCUCCCGGCCCAGCACACGGUGGGGUCUCCGCGGGACGGGAAGCCCUGCCGGGCCGGGUGCUUCGUCUGCCGGCAGAGCAAGCAGCAGCUGGAGGAGGAGCAGAAGCGGUCACUGUACGGCCUGGAGGGCUCGGAGGACGUGGAGGAGUGGAAGGUCAUCUGUGGGAAGUUCCUGGCCAUCAACGCCGCCAACAUGUCCUGCGCUUGUCCCCGGAGUCCCCGGGGCCUGUCCCCGGCCGCCCACCUGGGAGACGGGUCUUCCGACCUGAUCCUCAUCCGCAAGUGCUCCCGGUUCAACUUCCUGAGGUUCCUCGUCCGGCACACCAACCAGGGCGACCAGUUCGACUUCACUUUCGUGGAAGUUUAUCGCAUCAAGAAGUUCCAGUUUGUGUCGAAGCAGGUGGAGGACGAGGACGGCGACCGGGGCGAGCGGGGGAAGCAGGGGCUGCGCCAGAUCUGCAGCCAGCACCCCUCCUGCUGCUGCCCCGUGUCCAGCAGCUCCUGGAACUGCGACGGGGAGGUGCUGAGCGGCUCCGCCGUGGAGGUCAGGGUGCACUGCCAGCUGGUCCAGCUCUUCGCCCGCGGCAUCGAGGAGCACCCCUAGGCGGAGCCUGCGGCCAGACCCCAGCUCGUCGCCGCCGCCUCGCUGCGCGUGGAAGCGUGGGAAUGGAGGGAACACAACAGACCAGUUACGUGGACGCACACAUUCAAACGUAGAAGUUUAUUUUUAUAGUUAAAUCUUCGUUUUAGGAAAAACUCCUUCUGUCAACGGUUCUGUGGACGCCCUGGGCUUUUUCCGUUCCACGUGGCUCUGGGUCGUCUCACAUAACUGCCCUCCGCCAGCGGUCGCCGUGGACGGGGCGCCGACGGCCGAUUUAAAGACGGCCCGUUGGCAGCUCUAGUACAGUCGCUGUACAGACCGCGUCACAGGAGAGGCCUCCGUCCAUGUCCCCGUCUGGACAGGAGGUGCCUGCCCGUCACGCCGACCAGCCUGGAGCUGUUCAUGGUCGCGUUCCCAACGCCGUGGGCUCCCUCCCUCCCGUCCCUCACUGGAGCUCACCGUCGGGCACAUUCCUGGUCCUUCCGGCUGUGCCCCCGGCACGGAGCCGCUGCAGCCGCACCCGCACGGGGACCGCUCUCUCUCCGCAGCCUCAGCCGGCGCCCGCCGUCCUGCGCCCGCCGUCCUCGGUCCCGGACAGUCCCGCCGGCAGCCCUGGCCGCGCUGGCCGGCAGUGCGUGCUGUCGUUAGAAACACCGAUGCUUUGCCGCCAGGAGGCGCCCUUGGUGGCGUGUCGGCUUCAGACCCCGUGGCGGGUGCGGGGCCCACAUUCCAGGCCGCUUGGUGCCGCCCCAGCCGGAUCUGCCCUUUGCUGACCCUCCCUCUCCUCUCCGCGUAUUUAUUGACAGCUUUGUCCCCUUAAGCCGGGGCGUCAUCACGUGUCUCCAUGGCUGGUGCUUGAGUUUGCUGCGGCCACAGCCCCGGACUGACCCCCGGCCCGGUCCGUGCCGCGGCCUUGUGGUCUGUGCCGGGCUCGGGGCUGGCGAAGGUGCCUGUACCCGGCCCUGUCGACAGACAGGAGGUGUGACGGAGCUCUGGCCUGCGACGGGGACGGCUGGGCGUCCGGACGGCUGGCUGCUGCCCCGGCGAGGGCUCACGCGGGCCCAGUGGCUCAGCGCGUGGCAGACAGCGGCGUCCUGAGUCCACGUGCCGGGGCGUGUGAACUGCAUGUGAAUCUCCCUCUUCAUCUCCCCCGUCCCCGGCAGGCAAGAGCGGCUGUAACAGUG